AUGAUGCGCAAUAGAGACCAAGCUACAGCCGCUCUUAAUGGGCAGGAGCAAAUCGGAUUUUCGAUAGAGCUGGAACUUGAAGCUAUUAGUCGGGAAAUGGCGGGGCACCUUGGCCUGCUUCCAAAGCAUAAAGAGAUCUCAGCUAGCAGCAGCAGCAGCAACAGUAGUAUCGACCCUGGUGCAAUCUCGCUACCUCAAAUUACCAUCAAUAGCUUGUUCACUGCACUUCAACAUGUUUCCAACCUAGAGACCGGAUUCCAAAGACUGCAACCUCUGGAAUGCCCGCUUUCUAGUAUUAUCGAGAUCCUGCACAGAAAAUACCCCCAUAUAGAAUUUGUCCAAAAGCUCUGUCCUGUUGCUCUCAUACCAAAAUCAUCAACAUUUACCAUGCCACUUGAGACAGCAGCAACAUAUCGAGUCUUCACAGCCUAUCUCUUAUUCACCUCUCUCACACCUCAUGAUAUUCUUGAGAUACUGUCGGAUGCAUUGCUAGCCAGUGAAAAAAGCACCUACUCCAUGGACUCUAUUAGAUGUUCCCAGGAAGCUGCAUUAGUGGAAUAUUUCCAUUUUCUACUUUUAUUUCUCUCCAUGUAUAAUUUUGAUUAUAGAAUUCGCCACCUUGAGACUUUACCCCUACUAGACAAGAAUAUCAGCUUCCACGCGCAGCGAAUUCUCAGCUGGAGGUUGACUACAUGGAUCCAGGGAUACUUUCGCCCAGAAAGACCUCUAUUUCCGCCCCCAUUGAAAAUGGAGAGCGAUGGUAUACCCCAAACAGAGCUGCCGAUAGGCAUUCUGUCGGGGAGGGAAUCAAUGAAUACUACUCCUUCCUCCCCAUUUCUGGAAAUGGGUUCGGUGCCUAGCGGGGCAUCGUCUUGGCCGACCUUGAGAUCGCCUCAAACAUAUCCAGCUGUCGCUCAACAGCAGCAGCAAAAUCCAGCAUACUUCUUGACGCAAGAACAGCAGAAGGUUGUAGACACAGAUGUUAGCGUGGGUGAACUCAUGCAUGUUAUAGCGUAUGGUGGGACAGGAAAGACCAUAUGUUUGGCGGAGUAUGCAAAAAAAAGGCCUCAUAAACGUUUCCUGUAUAUUACUUCCAGUAGCGUCGCCGCGUCAAGUGCGGAAAAGAGGUUCCCCGGUAAUAUUGCAUGUAAACCCAUGUAUUCCGUCGCGUAUGACGCUAUAGUAGCGGGUGCCUCUAAGACUAAGGGCUCCCUUCCCGAUAGCGGAAAGCCUCUCAAAGAGCGACGCCAUGAUUAUGAACUCGAGGAAGUAAUUGGUGUAUUGGGCCUGGACGAAGAAAAAAUCGGAUCAGCACUUAUAAACCCACAAAUGCAUUUGCAGCCAGGCGCGAGUCGUGGCCGUGAACAAACAGAAAUGAAAAUAUUUCCUAGCGUUAAAGAAGUUGCGUUGAUGGUUCAGAGAGUGUUGGUGAAGUACUGGGAAUCCAAGGAUGUUGAGAUUGGAUUGACUAGUCGUUUUGUGGAAAUAGACAAUAUGGGGCUAAAUAGAGAUAUUAUAGUAGAAUGGGCGAGGCAACUCUGGAAUGAGAUGCUUAAUACAAAGUAUCUGCUCCAUGACGCAUAUACUAAGAUUCUACAACUCAAAGGAGGACUGCCAGAUGGAUCAACUAUAGGGCAGGGAGAUGUCGAUACGUUGGCUUUCGGAGAAUACGAUAUCAUCAUAUGGGAUAGGGCACAGUACUUGAGUGGUAGCGUGAUAGAGAUUUUUCUUCGACAGCGCUUGCGGGCAGGCUUAAUCAUAUUAGGUGACCCUUAUCAAAGGAUUCACGGCCCCGAAAGGAAGAAAGAUGAGGCUUCAGAUAUCAAAACCUAUAAGCCGACGUAUUCUUACUAUCUCACGCACUCCUUUCGUUUUGGGGAUGCGAUUGCAGGAGUUGCCAAUGUACUCUUAGGAUACUUAGGGGAGGAUACUGCUAUCAACGGUGUUAGAAAGCAUGAUAGUGUGGGUGUGAGCUACUCACAUAUAAGCGGGAAAAGUUUGGCUCAAAAAUCAAUUAUACUCAAGCCUGGUCCUACGGAAAAUGGAGGAAGUGGGAAAUACACUGUAAUAUUCAGACGGGAUGCUGAUCUGAUUGACUAUGUCAUUGAAUACUGUAUGCUCCACUCGAAUUCUGGGCAUCGGAUUAGUCUCGGCACGAACUGUGGCUUUAACGGGAGCAGUCUUCUCACUCUUCUCAGAGAUGCAUAUACUAUCUAUACCGGGGGGGCCGUUACACAUGGCGUCCUCGCAGAAUACAAAACGUGGAAAGCUCUCGGAGAAGCUGUCAAUUUACCUCAUAGUGGCCCUGCCCUCGUCAAAGAAUCCAAGCUUCAAACUAGAUUUCGAUCGACAGAUUUCCUCAGCACUCUUGAGCUUUGUGAGAAGAUGGUCCUUGACGAUUCCUAUAAGGAAACAGAGGCAGAUGUUAUAUUUAUCACUGUUCAUAAAGCAAAGGGUCUUACAUGGGACCGUGUUUUCGUUCCGGACAGUGUCCUUCGGUACCGUUUUAAUCUUUCGGCGGAGAACCUCAACAAGAAUCAGAGACACUGGUUUUCGAGGGAUAAAAUGUCACUAUUCUAUGUAGCAGUGACAAGGGCAAAGAAAGAGCUCAUUAUAGGGAAAGGGAUUGCGAGCUGGUUGGUAGCAAAGAUGGGACUCUAUCGGUUCUAUCUUAGCCCAAUACAAGGGAAGGGUGCUUGCCCUUCAUGUUUGGAUAGGAUAGAACAGGGUGGUGUUCAUGGGGAGGCUAGACCCAAACGCGAGGGUGUGGUCAUUGGCUGGGAGUAUCUACUCCCACAAAAAAGCUUCGGGGUUACUGCCGACAGUUAUGGGAACUCACUCCCACAGAGCCCCAAGAAAGAUGCGGUUGCUUGCGAUAUCUGUGCAAAAAGUUGGAAUCGUAUGGCGAGGGCAGCGCAUAUGGAGCUGAAAAAAUUCGCGAAUCCAAUCACGAGAGCACUCGAUGGGCCUGAUAGUGCUAUGAAUCAAAUUAUCCUCCCGAACAUACGAUGGCGGCCACCGCGCGCACAGGUGGGGCGCCCAAAUUCGAGGCUGUUCAAAACUAUGUACAAGAUGCAGACCGAAAUGGUACAAGAUUGCGAUGAGACUCCGUACAUGCAUGUCAUGCCUACGCGUACACGCCGACUAUAA